AUGAUACAACCAUCAGACAAUGAUAAAAAUAAAAAAAAUGAUAAAAAAAAUGAAAAACUAAAAGAAAAAGAAAAAGAAAAAGAAAAAGAUAAAAAAUCUAAACCAAUAAAGAAAAAAGAUUUUGUAAUAUCAGCACCAACAAAUUUUAGAUCAUUUGAUGAUCCUGUACCAAUACAACAACAACCACAACCACAACAAGAACAAGAACAAGAACAAGAACAAGAACAACAACAACAACAACAACAACAACAACAACAACAACAACAACAACAACAACAACAACAACAACAACAACAACAACAACAACAACAACAACAACAACAACCACCACCAUUACCAAAUAAAAGUAAUUGUAAACUUUUACCAAAUAAUAAUAAUAUAGAUAAUGAUGAAAAUGAUGAUAAUGAAAAAAUUUAUUUUAAAGUUUCUAAAGAAUUAUUAGAAGAUGUAAAGAAAUGGGAGAAUAAAAAACAAGAAUAUAGUAAAUCAAUUGAUUCAUUAUUAUUAAAGAAACAAGAACAAUUGAAUCAAAUAUUUCGAGACUAUUUAUUAGAGAUGAGACCAAUAUUGGAUAAACAUUUUGCAAAUAGUGAUGAAAUGAUGGUGGAUGAGAAAUUAAAGAAAGAGAUAUUAGAGAAUGAAGAACAAAGAAUUCAACAAGUUCAACAGAAACUAUUUGGUUCAAAGAAUGCGUCAAUACUAACCAUUGAGUCAAAGAUUCGAUUAAAACGUCGAGAAAUCGAUAUGCACAAUAAGAUCACACUGAUUCAAUCAGUGGUGAGGGGUUGGUUAGCAAAGAGACGUUAUAAAAAGUUACGUUCAAAUUUACAAAGACGUCAAUUAUGUUUACAAGAGAUUGUUGAAACUGAACGAAAAUAUGUUGAAUCAUUAUCAUUAAUGAUUCGAUUAUUCUUAGUACCAUUACAAACUUCAAAAAAAGAUUUAUUAUCACCAAUUGAAAUUCAAUCAAUUUUUGCAAACUCUUCUGUAAUCUAUGGUGUACAUAAAGAAUUAUUAGAUACUUUAGAAUUAUCUUUAAAAUUUAAUAAUGGUAAUGGAAUUGGUGGUAUUAAUGGUUAUUGUAAUAAUAAUAAUAAUAAUAAUAAUAGUGGUGGUAGUAGUGGAGAUAAUUGUAAAUCAAUUGCUGAAUGUUUUUUAUCAUUAUCACCAUUUUUAAAAUUAUAUACACAAUAUAUAAAUAAUUUUAAUAAUGCAUCAUCAACAUUAAUUGAAUGUAAGAAAAGGGAUUCUAAAAUCAAUCAAUUCUUUUUCAAAGAUAAUAGAGAUAAUGUACAAUUGGGUAAGAGGGAUUUCUUGGAUUUACAAAUUCAACCAGUACAAAGAAUACCAAGAUAUAAAUUAUUGCUCUCUGAGUUGUUAUCAUGUACACCAACCGAUCAUAAAGAUUAUGAACUUGUAAAGAAAGCAUUAUCAGUCAUUCAAGAACUUGCAUUAAAUAUCAAUGAAAGUAAAAGAACAGCUGAAGGUUUAGAGAAAAUCAUUUUAAUUCAAAGUUGUUUAACCAAAUUCAUAGAAUUAGUUAAACCACAUCGUCGUCUAAUUAAAGAUGGUCCAUUAUUAUUUGAAAGAAGGGGUAAAUUAAAAGAACGUUAUUUAUUCUUAUUUAAUGAUAGUUUAUUAUUAUGUAAAAAAUUAAAUAAUAUUUUAUCAACAUCUGAUCAUAAUUCAAUUUCUUCAUCAAGUAGUGGUGGUAGUAGUGGUAGUAAUAAUAAUAAUAAUAAUAAUAAUAGUAAUAGUAAUAAUAGUGUAAACUCAUUUUCAAGUAUAAUUAGUGGUAAUUUUAAUUCAGAAAUUAGAUUCUUACCAAUUAGUUUUAUGGAUAUGAAUAAUGUUAUAGUAUUACCAACUCAAGAUCCAGAGUAUCAACAUGGUUUUGCUAUACUUGGUAAUGAACAUCUUUAUUUCUAUUCAAAGAAUGCAAUUGAACAGCAUGAAUGGUUAUUGAUUCUAAAAGAAAUCUCAAAAGAAUUGGAUCAGAAUUUAAAUUCACUUAGAAAAGAAACCUCUGAAUUGGAUCUAAAAGAUUCAAUGUUAAAUCCAUUAGUAAAACAACAUGAUAGCAAUAGAGAUUCUUUAUUAUUAGCUACUUCAAUUACAAAUCCAAAAAGACAAUCAAAAAUUUUAUUAGAACAACAACAACAACAAAUUAAUAGUCAACCAAGAGUAGUUGAAAGAUAUAGUGGUAGUAAUUUAAGUAAUAGUGGUGGCAGUAGCAGUCCAUCACCACCAAUAAACAGAAGUAAUGGUAAUGGUAAUGGUGGUAGUUAUAAUAAUUCACCAAUAACACAAUCUCAAAUUUUACAACCACCACCAUUAUCUUCUGUUCAAACUAUAUCUUCACCACCACCAUUUAUCUUACCUCAACAACAUCAGCAGCAACAACAACAACAACAACAACCAAUUACUGAUUUAACAAUUAGAGAAUUAUUAUUAAUUUAUAGUGAAAUUAAUGAAUUACAAAAAGAAAUGAUUAAUCCAAGUAAUCAAUUUGAAUUAUUAUUUAAUGGACAAUUGGGUCAAAUUAAUAUGAUUAGACAACAAUAUCCAAAUGUUGAAAUGAUUUAUAAUAAAUUAACACAAAUUCUACAUAGAUUAUCAACAUUAAAGAAUCAAUCAAAUUCAUUACUUUCAAAUCAAAAUACACUUCAAUCAUUACAAAAUGUAAUUGUUCAAGGUAAAGAUCAUAUUGGAGCCUAUAAUGAAUGGAUUAAAAGAACUUAUCCAAUGGGUGCUUCUGAUCCUUCCUCAACUCAACCUCGUUUCUUAACUAUUAAUUUUAUGAAAUGGUAUAAUAAUUUACAUACUGUUUGGGGUCAAAUUUUAGAUUUAAAACAACAAUUAUAA